GAUUCUUAAAGUCUUUAGAUGGCUAACAUCUCCAGCAAGGGAGUUGCCUCCUACCAUGCAUAUCUCUCCAGUCCAUGUUCGCACUACUUCGAGAGUGUUGUCACGAUAAGGAAAAAAGACUGUUAGCUGUUAGUAGUUAUGUGCUUGUUGAUUGUCAAGAGUAUAGUCAUUGUCAUACAUGUCCAAAUAUACAUAAGUCAAGAAACGAGCAUCAUAACAUGAACUGAAGAUAUUAAUCGGUACUUCAUAAUUUUCCAUCCUUUUCAUUUCUUUAGUCCAUUGCCUUUUCAGGUUACCAACCGGGAAACAACUAAUGUACUCACGCUUAACAAACAAUAUUCAAUUUCCAUGCAUUGGUAUUGUGGAAAAAGAAUAAUGGUUAUAAUUAAUCAACCAUGACAUUAUGAAAUUUUAUGAAACAAACCUAUAUGUUUUCGUCACUAAUUGGAUUGAGAUCAGGUGGGUUUGGCAGACAAAGUUGACACAAUUGUAGGUGCACUUUCUGGGGGAAUGAAGAGGAAAUUAUCCCUUUGUAUUGCUCUUAUUGGAAAUAGCAAGGUUAUCAUCCUUGAUGAACCAACCAGUGGUAUGGAUCCAUACUCAAUGCGUUCAACAUGGCAGUUGAUAAAGAAGAUCAAGAAGGGAAGGAUAAUAUUAUUGACAACACAUUCCAAGGAUGAAGUCAACGUUCUAGGUGAUCGAAUAGCUAUCAUGGCAAAUGGUCAUUUGAGAUGCUGUGGAAGCUCCCUUUACUUAAAGCAUAAAUACGGGGUUGGUUACACCCUUACAAUGGUGAAGGCUGCACAUGGUGUCUCUGUGGCUGCGAACAUUGUUCAUCGUCAUGUUUCAACUGCUACAUGCUUAUCUGAUGUAGGUACAGAAAUUUCCUUCAGACUUCCGCUUACAUCAUCUUCUUCCUUUGAGAAUAUGUUUCGAGAAAUUGACAGUUGCAUAAGACGACCACAUCUAAGCUCUGAAAAAUGUCACUCCAGUUACAGUGAGGGAAAUUUUGGCAUUGAGAGUUAUGGUAUCUCUGUCACAACCUUGGAAGAGGUGUUCUUGAGAGUUUCAGGGCAGAACAUUGAUGAAAAUGAUAAAAGUGUUCUAGUGAUUCAUGUUAGAUUUGAUACAUUGCGGUCUAAUUGA